AAUGAAGCAGACGACAAUUUUCAAAUGGACUUAUUUCAGUCUUCUGAUUAGAAUUACGAGAAUUUCCCUUUAACAGCUCCUGACUAAGAAAUGAACAGAGCCAAGAUUUUAAUAAAAGAUCCUAAUACCGAGGAUCACCUUAUCUCAGUUACCAGGAAUGAGGAUCCCAAGACAUUUUCGGAAUUCGUUGAUCAGGUAAUAUCAAAUGCACCAGUAAACCUCCAGAAGAAAAAAGGAUCUACGAUCUACACACGUGAAUCUGAUCCUAUAUCAGUGCUGCAUAAUCAUGGUCUUCUAAACAUAGACAAAACCUCAAAUACAAAGAAAUGUUCAGGAUCUGAAAUCGAUGUAACGUUUUACACAGAAGAAACUCGCCUAGGUGACCUUGUUAAACUUUUUUCCUCAACACAUAAGUUUCGAAACGGGAAGUUGGUUUAUGCGACAACGCAGGAAGUUGCACCUCAAGUGGCAGAGGAAGUUGAAAAGUUCAACAACCGGUGGCAACUAGAAUGUUCCCCUGAAAUGAUAAAAGAUAAAGAAGAAGUAGAAGUAAAGCGUCCGUCCUAUACUUCACAUGUUUCAAAGAAAAAAUCACUUAUGGACAUGCUGUCAGAUUUGGACAGAGAACAAACACUUAAACGUUACGGAAAGACUUUAAAGAAGGAUAAGAUAUUGCUACAUCGAGAGCCGCUGAUCAAACCAGGAUGUUACUGUGAAAAGAAAGAAACUACGUACGAUAAUGAUUUGAGAAACCAACGAAUAGAAAAAUAUUUUGAAGAGUCGCGUGAUUUCAAAAGUGAUCGCUAUGUAAAAGAGGAGGCUAGCAUUAAAGACCAUUGGCAGCAUGAAGUACAAGAUGUUCCAGAGCAAAAACCAGUCGGUAAGAAAAUAUAUCACGCUGCUUGGCGACAAAGAUCUCCACAAAAAUCGCCUUCCAAAACAGUUCGGUUCACAAUGGAGCAAUCAUUAAAGGAUACCACAAAUUUAAAAGUCUUACAAUCACCGAGAGAGCAUAAGUCCAUAAGAACUGACCAACUUCAAGCCAGUAGAAAGUAUUCGCGGUCGACAAUUAAAGAACUAUGCCUGCAGGAUGAAUCAUCUGAAUCGUCUGAUUACCCGCGUAUAUAUCAACGGCAUGCUGUGGCUUGUGAAAACGAAUGGCCUGAGAGACUGAAAGGGCAGAAGUGCCGCUAUCCCUACAAUGUACGUGAUAAAGAACUAAAUCGGCAAUCAAAAUUUCAUCACUCCCAUUUAGAGACAAAUGAAGAAGGUGCUAGGUAUACUGAAACUCUCGAAUCUCAUGCUGAAAGUCGCAAGCCUCGCCAUGAAACUCAUAAACCACAUUCAGAUAGAACUAAAAGAGAGUCACCAGUCCCUCGUGUAUUUAGCCAUUGUUGUGCCGAAGGUGACAUUUUUCUUGGCGACAAUGAAGUAUAUUCAAGUGAUUCAAAUACUAGUAUCUGCACCAUAUAUUAUGACUGUGAGAGUGAAUACACCAAGAGGACUUCGCCUACUUUUAGAAUAAAUUCCGAUUUUGAAAAUCAAACGCACUGUUAUCACGAGAAAAGAAAAUCAGGUGAAAGAAAGAAAAUCACAGAGCGACAGGAAUCUUUGCCAAAUGUUGGUCUUUUUCAUAAUUUUAACAAAUCUAAAAGCAAAAAAUCUCAAAGAAAAAACCUAAACUGCUCAGAAAUCGACGAAGUCUUGAGGCAUUGCCAUCAUACUAAGAAAUGCAGGGACAAAAAGUACCAUCCAAAAUCACAGCCAAAACACAAUGAAUAUCCAGCCAAAGUAGAUAUGGAAUGCUUUGCAGAAUGCCACCAACGCAACAAAGAACGUCAUCGAGUUGCUGUUACUCGUGGAUCUAUUCAAAAUGUAAAUUCGUACAUGUCUCCAGAAGACGAAUUACAAUCUAUGUUCAUCAUGAAGAACAUGGUGAAUAACGAUGCUUUACGAGAAUUCCAAAGGAGAUACGGAAAAUGCCUUUGCUUCAGGGAUGAUAUAAAGCCAAUACCAUCAUAUCCUAGGGAACAUUUCAUAAAGCAAAUAGAGAAAUCUUAUAGUCAUAAGCAUAUGUAAAGCCGGAUAUUGUCAAAACAAGAAAUUGGGCUAAAUAUCUUAUAACAAUAAUCGCUAAUUACAAUUAAAAUUUUUAAAUAAUUAG